AUGGCCUUUGGGGUGCUCCAGUUUCUGGGGCUCGCAGCUUCUGCUGUGCUGGUAUCUCCCGAGUCUCACUGCUUCCCUAAGGAUUUUCUGUUCGGGUCGGCCACCGCUUCGUACCAAGUCGAAGGUGCCGUGAAGGAAGGGCAUCUGGGACGAUGCGCCAAUGUGGCCGACGACUUCUACCAUCGCUUCAAAGACGACGUCAAGUUGAUGGUUGAAACGGGUCUACAAAGUUUCCGGUUCUCUGUCUCUUGGUCUCGCGCAAUGAACUGGGACUCGAAGACGUAUCGUAUGCGCCCAAACCCCGAGGGUAUCGCCUUCUACCACGCACUGAUCGACGAGCUAAGCGCCAACGGAAUUGUGCCUAUCCUGACCAUUUACCACUGGGAUUUGCCUAUUGAGCUCCACACUGAGCUACGCGAAGAAGGUUGGCUGGGGUCAGAGAUCAUCGAUCAUUACGUCGACAAAGUGGACUACUGGACGACGUUCAAUGAACCUUUGUCGUUCGUUGCUGGAGGGUACGCGUUAGGCAUGGGAGCACCAGGGUACACAGGCUCACUCACUCAGGCGUACACAGCGGCUCACAACGUGUUGCUAUCUCACGCUCAAGCUGUUAAGAAGUUCCGCGAGUUGAAAACUGCCAAUGUCAUUGGAGACAAGGCGAGGAUCAGUAUCGUGUUAGAUGCCAACUACGCGUACCCUCUGGACGAGUCGAAUCCCGAUGAUGUAGAGGCUGCUGCUCGCAACAUGGAGUUCGAUGUGGGCUGGUUCCUCUCCUCCAUUGUAACAGGAGACUACCCGCCUGUCAUGAGAGAGAUUGUCGGUGACCGACUACCUCAGUUUUAUGGAGAUCAAUCGGACCUGGUGAAAGGCUCGUACGACCUCUUCAUGCUUAACAGCUAUGCGUCACGCCAAGUGACAAGCUGCAGUUCGAAGACGUCCAACAUAGAUUGCAAGACCCUAUCUGCUGGCUCUGAGCAAGACCGAGGAAUCGACGACAGCCACAUUAUCCCAGGCACUAGGCAACGCAGCAAGAAGGCUCAACAAGACCCGCACUGCGCUUUCUUCACUGCGUACCCUCCUGGUUACCUUGAGACCAUCAAGUGGCUGCACAAACAUGACACAUCCACCGACAUCCUACUGACCGAGAACGGAUGGUGCGGGGACGAUGAGAUUGACAACCCCGAUCAACUAUGGUACUUCCAGGCCUAUUUGGAGCAAGUGCACAAGGCGAUCACGGAAGAACAUAUCCCCGUUAUCGGAUACACAGCCUGGUCUUUCCUCGACAACUACGAGUGGGGGUCGUACGAGUCACGUUUCGGUCUGUACUACGUCAACUACACGUCCGAGUCAGGAUCUCCUGACUUCUACGAGCCCAAGCCAUCUGAUCUGGCUCGUAUUCCUCGUCCGUCGGCCAAGUGGUUCCAGAAGGUGGCGAGCUCCAAGUGUCUGAAUGUGGACGAAUUUCCCGCUCCCUAA